AUGGAAGACAAAACGUGUGGAAACAAAUCCCCCAAAACUGGACACAUUAGAACUCACAGUGAUGAGAAGCCUUUCACGUGUCAUCUGUGCAGGAAAAGUUUCACCUGUAAAGGAGACCUUAAGAUACACAUGAUGAUUCACACUGGAGAGAAACUGUUCACAUGCCGUGACUGUGGAAAGAGUUUUAAAAGUACAAGUCACCUUAAGACACACAUGAUGAUUCACACUGGAGAGAAACUGUUCACAUGUCAACACUGUGGAAAGAGUUUUAAAAGUAGAAGUCCCCUAAUAGGUAAUUUGAGAACUCUCACUGGAGAGAAACCUUUCACAUGCAAACAAUGUGGAAAGAGUUUUUCAGUAAACAAUAACUUAAAGCAACACUUCAGAGUUCACACUGGAGAGAAACCAUUCAAAUGUUUACUGUGUGGAAAUAGUUUUUCAUCUAAACCUUACCUUAAAACUCACAUGAGAAUUCACACUGGACAGAAACCAUUCCAAUGCCAAGAGUGUGGACAGGCUUUCAUAAAUCAAAGUGGAUGUAAGGUACUCAUGAGCAUUCACACCGGUGAGAAAUACUUCAAAUGUCAACAGUGUGGAAAGAGUUUGACGACUAAAAGUCACCUUAAGAUGCACUUGAGGAUUCACAGUGGAGAGAAACCCUUCACAUGUUUUCAGUGUGGAAAGACUUUUACACUCUCAGGUCACCUUAAGAGUCAUUUGAGAAUUCACACCGAAGAGAAACCGGUCACAUGCAUUGAGUGUGGAAAGAGUUUCAGAUGUAAAUUAAGCCUUCAGUUCCACGAGAUCUCACGCUGGAGUUAA